CCAUAUCCAAUGUUCUUAUAGUAUUUUUCAAAAGUUUACCAACAUCAUUGUCGUUGGCAAUGCUCGUAACACCUAACUUGUCCCUCCAACAAAUUACCCACAUUAAUAGAUUUCAUGAAGAAAAAAAAAGGUCUUACAUUAGGCGACUCUGCAGCCUAAGUACAUGCAUGUCGAUAAAAUAGGAAAUAACAUCACAUUAUUACACAUUUACUGUUUUGUCUAGGUCACAAUUAACCAUUUAAUACCUAAUUAACUAAUAUCAUUAAAAGCCUCCAAAGUAGGAGCCAUAUAUUAGGUUGUGAAAUGGCUAUUUAUAAUAAUAAAUAAACUUUGGAAUAAUUGAUUCCUUGCUUUCUAGACGGGCUAAAAGAUGCUAAUUUACGAUACCCCACACCCACUUCAACUACCAUGCUCCCUUCACUUUUCGUGUACGCAUAUCUGUCGAUCUCCUCCGCCAUUACCCUCGUGAAUGCCGAUGCUGGCAAGGCCAUUUUCCUCCUCGCCGGUCAGAGCAACAUGGCCGGACGAGGCGGCGUAGUAAACGACAAAUGGGACGGUUACGUUCCUCCCCAAUCUUCCCCGAAUCCUGCAAUUCUCCGCCUGAGCGCUGAUCUCAACUGGCAACCGGCCACCGAGCCUCUCCACCGUGAUAUAGACUAUUUCAGAGCAUGCGGCGUUGGUCCGGGGAUGGCUUUUGCUAACUCGUUGUUACGGCAGGAUUCGAGCGUUGGAACGGUGGGAUUGGUUCCUUGUGCUGUCGGUGGAACCAAUAUUUCCGAGUGGGCACGCGGUGGGCGGCUGUACAACCAGCUGAUUCGGCGGGCGGAGGCGGCGGUGAAAGGCGGAGGCACCGUUCGUGGUUUGCUGUGGUAUCAAGGAGAGAGUGACACUGUGAAUCGAGAAGAUGCUGAGUUGUACCAGCGGAGAUUGGAGAGGUUCUUCGAUCACGUGCGUCAUGAUCUCGUUUUGCCUGCCCUUCCAAUAAUUCAGGUAAUAACUUAA